AUGGCUUUGUUUGCUGGUAUAUGUUGGGGCAUUUGGAAAGGCAGGUGUAACUAUGUCUUUGAAGGGCAUGAAAUGGAUGCUUGCAGCUGUGUGGCAGCUGCAAUGAGGCUUGUUAGAGAAUUUGAAGAAGCUACUACAAGAAAGGCAAGGAGAGAGUCUUCUAGUAUGAAGGUUGAAAUAAGUAAAUCUUGGAGAAAGCCAGCUGAAGGGGUAGUAAAAGUUAAUAUUGAUGCUGGUUUUAAGAGUAGUUUAAAACUUGCUGCAGUAGGUGUUGUAUGUAGAAAGGAUUCUGAUUGUUUUGUAGGAGGUCUGGGGAAGAAAGUUUCUGCUGCAUCUCCCUUCAUGGCAGAAAGUUUGGCUCUUCUAUUAGCUCUUGAAGUUGUCUCAAGGAAGGACAGGAGGAAGGUAGUUUUUGAGACAGAUAAGGAGCUGUAUAGUUUGAUGAGCAGAAAGGAUCUUGUAGGAGGAGAAUGGAAUUGUGCAAACAUCCUUCAUAAGUGUUGGGAUUACUUGUCUCACAGUUGCAAUUGGGAGUUGGCUUUAGUGAAUAGGAAGGGUAACCAGUGCGUAACUGAGGCAAUGAGGGGUAUGGUACUUGUGGGAUGGCUUUUUAAGCCACCAUCCUCUCUGGUUGCUGUCUUACUCCUUGAUUUACAGAUGGCUCAUGUUGGUUCAGCUUCAGAUGUUGGUGACAGGACUAGUAUAGGCUAG